AUGUUAUGUUUUUAUCAAAGUAAUUAGUAAAUAAUUAAUCAUUGGCAACUUUUUUAGUCUAAAUCAACAUUUUGAUUAGUUUACAUCUAAAGUCAAUUUGAUUAUCUGUUGUUUUUGGCUUCCAUUUCUUAAUCAAAUCAACUUUUAAUUGUACAAUUAAAUUGACUAGUAUUCAACUGGUAGUGCCUUUGAUAUCCCUUGUCAAUUGAUAUAAUCAAAGUGAAUCAAAUUUGAUUGACAAGAUAAUAGUUACACCUUAAUGGCUCCAAUUGUGAUCGUUCAACAAUUUGUGACAUUUUAAAAUGAAAGAUUUUCAAUCGAAAGUGAUCAAUAUUGAUCAAUGGGUUGAGGAAAAUGGUGUUUACCUUAAACCACCAAUUUGCAAUAAAUUAGUUUUCAAUGGACAAUUAAAGAUCUUCCUUGUUGGUGGACCUAAUCAACGAAAUGAUUAUCACGUUGAAAAUGGUGAAGAAAUAUUCAUAAUGCUUAAAGGUGACAUGAUACUGAACAUUAUCGAGCAAGGACACUCGAAGGCUUUAACAAUUAGAGAAGGUAAGUUAGUGAAAUUUUGUACUACCAAGUCGGUACCUCAUAGUCCUCAACGAUUUGCCGAUACCCUUGGAAUGGUGAUUGAGCGAAAGCGAUUAGAUCAUGAACUAGAUUGUCUUCGUUAUUACAUCGAUUCUAAUUGUAAUCAAGUUUUAUUCGAGAAAUGGUUUCAUUUGGUUAAUUUGGACACCGAUCUCAAGCCAAUCAUUGAAUCAUUCAAAUCGUCCAUUGAAUGUGCGACUGGUCGUCCAACUCAAUUUUACGAUAAUUCAUUGACACCUCAUCCAGAUGAUCGGACAAUUAAACUACAAUCGCCCAUUUAUUUACUCGAUUGGUUUAAGUUUAAUUACUUAUCAAUUUGUGAAGGAUUUUCUUUCCUUUAUCCUCAAUCAGUCGAGUCGAGGAUUGGAUUUUAUGGUCCAGGUAAACAUAUUGUUAUCUCCGUCGAUACUGAACUGUUCAUUUGGCAUCUUGGUUCUUAUGCAAAAUUAACAAUCGAUGAUGACAAUCAACGUAAAUUAACAUUCAACGACACAAUGAUUAUCGACAGAGGAUCUUUUUUCAUUCUUGUCUCUGAUGGACCAACUUUUAUCGCCUCAAUGAAACCAUUUACAUCAACGGUUAGACCUUGAUAUGAACAACAUUUGUAAAUUUUUCUAUUAAAUCAUUCAAUCGUUAAUCAAA